GUUCAAAGACGGGACAGCUGACUUUGGCUUCGCGCAUGCGCAUCACAAUCAUCACAGUAUGAGUGAAGCUCAGAAGUAGCUCCAGAGAUGAAGACUCCACCAGACCGGUCGGGAAUUUCAUUUGAGGUUGGAGCUUCACUAGAAGCCAGAGAUCGACAAAAGAACUGGUACGCAGCCACCAUCGAGAAGAUCGACUUUGACAAAGAGCGCAUCCUCGUUCAUUACCGUCAGUGGAGUCGUCGUCAUGACGAGUGGUUUCACUGGAGCUCCCCGUACCUGCGGCCACUGGAGCGGGUCAGCCUGAGGAGACAGGGCCGGAACCCACCGCAGUCUGAACCGAUGUUUGUUUCGGGUACAAAGGUUCUGGCCUGUUGGACCGACUGCCGCUUCUAUCCGGCCAAAAUCCUCAGAGUCAACAAAGAUGACUCCUACACGGUGCGAUUCUUUGAUGGUGUGGUUCGGACUGUGAAGCCCACGAAGGUCAAACCCUUCCAGAAAAAGUCUAGAUCUGAGAAGAAUGCUGUGGGAAGUGAAGGAUGGGAGGAAGGGGAGAGUGAGGAAGAGGAGGAGGGUGAAGGAGAACUGAAAAAGGAGGAGGAAGAGAAAAAGGCAGAUGAGAAGGUGUCAUCAGAGGAGAAGGAAGGAGCUGAGGAGGGGGAGGAGGAGAGAAAGACAGAGCCUUCAUCCUCCCAUCCACCACAGAAGAAGAAAGCAGAAGACAGCAGAAGGAGUGGAGCUCAGAAUCAGCCAAUAGAAGCUGACUCCGCCCUGGCAUCACUUCCUAACCCCCCCCAAAUCGACCGAGAUGUUCUGUUGGAGCGUCAGGCCCACCUGCCCACCACGCACAAGUUCAGCAGAGAGCCUCUGUACCGGGUCAUAAAGAACCAGCCUCCUCCGAUUCUGUCCAUCGAGCUGGACCAUAACCCCUUCAAGUGCCUGGCUCCCGGAUGCUCCAAAUCAUUCAGGAAGGCCAGUCUGCUGCACUACCACAUCAAGUACUACCACUCCGAACAGCAGCUUGAUGGAGGCCGCGAGCCGGAGGUGGCAAGGAGGAAGCGGUCUUCUUCCGAGGGGGCCGACUUCAUGCCAGGCAAGAGGACCGAGAACCAGACUGGCAGCUGUCACCGUGACGACAGUGAGCAGAGCAUCAUGGGAGCAGCAGAGGUGAAGAAGGAUGGAGGGAAGGAGAAACCAGGAGGACAGGACAGGAAGGAGAGGAAGCACUUCCUCAGAGUCAAGCUAAAGAAGAAGAAAAAGAAGAAGAAGAAGAAGAAAAGUCAGCUAACAGAUAACAGACUCGGCAGCAGCGAUGAUGAGAGUUCAGACAGACCUCCCAUCACUCUGAAGCUUUCACACCCACAUGUUGAUGACGGCAGCGAUUGGUCAACGCUGACAGCCGAGAGCGGAGAGGACACGUCCUCUUGGCCGGUUACUAUGGAGACAGAUGAGUGCGAGGUGGUGAGGUGUGUGUGUGAGGUGGAUGAAGAGAACGACUUCAUGAUCCAGUGUGAGACGUGUCUGUGCUGGCAGCACGGCACCUGCAUGGGUUUAUACGAGGACAACGUCCCGCACAACUACAUCUGCUACUACUGCAGACAGACUGCAGGUUGGAGGCGGGCCCAGCGUUUCCUGUCUGAACCUGAUUUGCUGAUCUCAGGUCACAUGUUUGGCCUGUCAUGUGUGAAGGAGAAUUACUCUGAGAUUAACGCCUCCAAGAUCUCACACACCAGCAGUCUGCUAGCGCACACGCACGGCCUCAAUCAAGUCCUCAGUGGGCUGCAGCUGAAAAUCAGUCUGUUACACUCUCCAUCUCACCCUGACCUGCAGCUGUGGAGGUUGCCAUGGAGACAGGAGGAUGGGCUGAGACUGACAUCCAGCCCGAGAGGUGAUCCUCCCAUCUGUUACGUCAGUAGUGAGCACUGCUACCAGAAGCCCGGAGGAUCAUGGGAAAAAGCUGAGGAGACGGCUGCGGUGAAGCAGGAGGCCGACACGGAGGAGAAGGAGAUCAAACCUGAAGGUGUUGACAAGCAGCCAUGCGACGCCAUCGAGGACUCGAAUGCUGCCAAGCAACCAGACGCUCACGGAGAACUGAGCGUGAAACGGGAGAACCACACACUCGUGUACAGCGGCGAACACACACCAACACACAUGGCGUCUGUGGCUGUGUGUCAGCUGAACCUGCUGGAGCACAUCGAGUCUCUUCAGCACCAGAUCUGCGCCAGGAUGGACCUGAUCGAGCGAGAGCUGGACGAGUUGGAGUCCUGGUUGGACCACUCAGGCGAGCUCGAGCCUCCGGACCCUUUGUCCCGCCUCCCGCAGCUCAAACAGCGAAUCAGGCGGUUGCUAAGUGACCUGUGUAUCGUGAAACACCUGUCGGUCUGCCGCUGACUCCUCGCAAUCUUUGACUCCCGAAGGAGUGGAGCAACACGACUGGUGUGGAAGGAAAACUGGGUUGUUUCAGGACAGCAGCGCCCUCUGCUGGAGAAACAGUGCUCUGCAACACAUAGAGGACAAGUAUUUUUAUAAAAGAAGCUUCCCAAACCUCCUCCAGGUGGUGAUGACAGGGCUGAUCAUUGAUCAGCUUCUGUAUGUCUGAAAGCUGGUUAACACGAGGAACUGAGCUAACACAGAGGUCGUCUUAUCAUUAGAUUACAGCUCAGUUUUCUAAACUCUGUCUCUAUUUUCUAGCAUCCGAUUGUAGCAAACACAAAAAAAGAGUUGGAUAGACUUAGUUUAGUUAAAGAAACAGAAUGAUAAUUUUAUAAGGCAGAGAUUUUGUAAUUGCACUAAUGUUCGUACUAAAUGUAAAUAUGUCCCAUUUUCUAAAUUUAAAGCAAAAUGAAAGGGUUUUAAGGUGUGUUCAGACCGGAAAGUGUUUUCUAGAAACAGACAGCUGGAGCUAACACUUAUUAGUUUUUUAUGUUUAUUUUCUGAGAUGUUUGGUUUCCAGCCUGAUUACGUUGAUCUAAAUGGAGAGAAGCUCGCUGAGCACAGUGUGUGUGGAGAAGAUGAACCUGACUGAAGAAGUGCCUCAAACCUGCACUUUUUCUGAUGACCAGCAGGGGGCGCCUUGUGUCAUUAGCUGGUGAAACAGGCCCAAUUCCAGUUCCUCCUCUCUGGUCUACCCCUUCACUUUGGAGUGAUAAGGUUCCUGUUUUCUAAUGGGAAUCAUGUCAGCCAUAAACCGGAGCAUCGAGGAAUGUUGGGAUUAUCUCUACUUCUUGAUCCCUGAGAGAAACAGAUCCGAGAUAAGGAAGUGCGAUUGGGUUUCAGUUUUUACCUCGGUAAAGUGCAUUUUUCCAGUUUCGUGUCUGUUUAAACACAGAAUGGUGCUCAUUUUUAAAAUCUGGAUCUUAUUUAGCUCAACAUGCUUCUCACAUGGGAAACAGCAGCUGCAGCAACGGCACGAGAUUUGUGCACAUAAGACUGUGGAGCUAAAAUAGGGACAUAAGUUUUUUAACUUGUAUCUCCAUAUUUAAAACUAUGACAAGUACAGAUACAGAUCUAAUCUACAAGUACAGAUUAAUACAAAUACGUGUCAGAAAAUAUAAGGUUGGAAAUACAUUUACAAAAAAUAGAGACGAGUUAAAAAACGUAUCGACCUGUCCAUAGAAACCAGUCAGAGAGCUUCUGAGGUAAAGUUCAGGGUUUAUUAGUGGGAUGGACAGUCUAAGAUCCAGCUUGCUUGUAUAAUGAGAGCAGCUCUGUUGCUCUCACAUGCUCUGUGACCAGCAUGUUAAGGUUUCAUCAGGUGAGUGACAGAGCCAGGCUCAGCGACGCUUCCAGAGCAGCAGCAGGUGUGAACGAUGGGUUGGUUGAAGUUACACUUUAUCCCCCUUCAUGCAUCAGAUUACAGCCUCUUUACUCCAAAGCUUUUUACUCCAAAAGAAAAUAUCUACCAGAGAACAAAACAACUAUAAUUAAGAUCUAAAAAAAAACUUGUUGGU